AUGCUCCCACGCGCAGUACUCUCGGUGCUCCUUCUCGCCGCGGCCGCGCUCGCCGCGCCCCGCGGUGUCUGCUACGACGCCUACAACUCGGACAGUGCGUCGGCGCACUUUGCGUCGAUCGCGACGCGCUUUGACGCGGUCCGGACGUACCAAACGUGGACGCACAACAGCAAUCUCAUUGACAUUGCGGCGCGCAACGGGCUCGCCAUGUACCCGGGCAUCUGGCUCCGCGGCAACGGCGUCGACUUUUGGGCCGACCUCCGCGCCGCCGUCGACGGCACCAAGCGCAACCCGGGCACGGUCAAGGCCGUCUUUGUCGGCAAUGAAGAUUUGAGCAACAACUGGAACGCCGGCGCCCUCCUCGACAAGAUCAACCAAGCCAAGAACGCGUUUCGGGAUGCCGGUCUCGGCUACGUCCGCAUCGGGACGGUCCAGACCGACGGCGACUGGCUCAACAACAACAACGCGUGGCUCGCGGACCACGUCGACGUCGUCGGUGUCAACAUUUACCCGUUCUUUGGGUCCCACCCCGACUCGUGGAACAACCCGGUCAAGGACCUCGACGCGCGCUGGAACGCCAUGACCAACCGGUUUGGCAGUAAAGUGCUCUUGACCGAAACGGGCUGGCCGGACGCCGGUGGGAACGUCGGUGCGCACGUCUCCAACUGGCAGAACGCGCAAAACUACUUUCGCAGCGCGCAGUCAUGGAUGGACGGCAACAAGGGCGGCGAGCUGCCCACGUACUUCAUGUACCACGACAACCGCGGCAAGCCCAACUACGAAGGCCACUUUGCCUUGGCCGAGCCCAGCGGGCAGUGGAAGUUUGAGUUCAACGCCAAGAAGAAUCCGUCCAACAACAAUGGUGGCGGCAACGGCAACAACGACGGCGACAAGCCCGCGGGCCAGUUCCAGCUCAUGACGAGCCGCGGCAAGGCGCUCCGUGAAUGGUACGGUGGACUCGCGGCCAAGGACAACAACAAUGACGCGUACACCAAGUGGACGUACGAUGCCAACGCACAGACGCUCAAGAACGAAGGCGCCAACAAGUGCCUUGACGCGUACAUGGACGGCAACAACGUCAAGGUGCACCUCUACAACUGCGACGGCAACAACUCGAACCAGAAAUGGCGCCUCGUUGGCGGCAAGGUCGUCCACGCGCGCUUCGCCAACGUCUGUCUCGACGCCGAUGCCAACGACCCGAACGAAGGGGUCCAAAACUGGGCGUGCGUCGACAACAACUCGAACCAGGUCUUCAAGAUCUCGACAGGCGGCAGUGGCGGUCGUGUCGCGCUCACGGUCCGCAGCUUGAAUCGCGUCUUUGCGAUCGGGUCCAACGACCAAGUGCUCUUCCGGUCGCCCCAAGGCAGCAUCCAGAGCGACACCAACGCGCUCUGGACGCUCGACAGCAACACACUGGUCAAGUCGGCGGCGAAUGGCCAGUGCUUGGACGCGUGGGAGGCCAAGAACGGCGGUGGUGUCCACACGUGGAACUGCGACGGCAACAACGCCAACCAGAAAUGGAACUACGACGCCAGCACCAAGCAGCUCCGCCACGCGACGCACAACGGGUUCUGCCUCGACAUGGGCUCCGAGAACGGCGACCACCCGCAGCUAUGGCAGUGCCACCCCGCGAAUGACUACUGGGCCAAGUUCCAGCAGUACGCCCAGGAAAGCUAA